GUGUGCGGUCGGGAGAGGGGAUGGAGAGGAAGGGAGGGUGCUGCCUCGCCCCGAGGUACGCCGCCACCGCGGCCGCGCAGCAGGCAGGCGCGGCCUGGCAGAUGGGGAGGAUCAUGCUCAAGUUCCGCCCGAUUGCUCCUAAGCCGGCGGCCAUGGCGCCCGCGCCGGCACCGGCUCCGGUGACGGGACCGGCCGUGAGUGCCGGGAAAGGGAAGCGAAAGGCCGCGUGCGGAGGCGGCGGGAGGAGGGGCCGGAAGCCCAAGAAGGCGGCCAAAGUUGCGAUGGUGACUGCAGCGCCUGCGGCGACGGCGGCGGCGCAAGAUGUGGGCGACUGCCGGAAGCACUGCGACAAGGAGAAGUCGUCUUCGUCGCCGUCCUCGUCCUCGUCGGGGACGUCAUCCGUGGACUCGUCGCCGCCACCCCGGCCGCAGCAGCGCCAGCUCGCAACGCUGCCGCUCAUGCCCGAGACGGCGGCGGAUAAGGCCGUUGCUUGUCCAGCCGUGCCGCUCAUGCCCGAAACUUCUUGUUGA